AUGAGCGGGCAAGGAAGGGACGAGGGCCCCGAGAGGGCAGCAACAGAAGACCGCAGAUCCCCUUCGAGGGAACGCGUCCGUGAUAUGUCGCAAGACGGGCAGGGGGGCCCCAGGGGCCCCUCAGGGGACCGCAGCCCUGCAGCAAGACGAUCUCCGUCAGGCAGCCGCCGCAGCAGAAGUCCCCAGAGGGCAGACAGAAGGAGUCGCUCCUCACGCGGCAGCAGAAGCAGGAGCCGCAGCGGAGGCCGUGGGGGUCGAUACAAUGGUAGAGCCUACUAUGGCGAUGAGAGGGUUACCCAUGUAAUGGAGAUUCAGGAUGAUGACGCCUCUUUCAUCUUAGGUGCAGGGGGUCGUACGAAGCGUAAGCUGAGUCAUGUAUGCGGUGCGGAGUUGAAUAUAGAGGAACGCAAUGGUCGUACAGUAUUAGAGAUGAGAGGAACAGAAGAAACAAUAAAAAGAGCAAAACUUUAUGUAGGGUUUGUUAUGCAACAACGUGUUGGUCCUGUACAACUUCCUCCUGAUGCAGAAAGCAGAGAUGAUCUUACCAUCAUAGAUGUACCUCAUGAAUGUGUAGGAUACGUAACAGGAAGGAAAGGUGCAGGUCUACGAAGUGUAGAAGAAGAAUGGAAUACUUUGAUGUUCUUUACAGACUUGAGACGUGCCCGUCGUGGUAGCGAAUUGAAGGUAAUGUCUGCAGUAGAGCAGAAGAUGCCUGGUUAUUUUACGGAUAAUAUACAAGAAGGAUCUAGUACUAAUGAGGGAUUUGAUACAGAUUAUGUUGCUAUAGCAGAAAAAGAUUACUCCUAUGCAUUAGGACAAAGAGGAAGCACAAGAAAGAAGUUAGCAAGAGCAUCAGGGGCAAUAUUAGAGUAUGUAGGAAGAAUAGCAUUUGUUGCUGGUACCCUACAAGAACGCAUGCGAGCUAAACAAUAUCUACAAUGGUUAUGCAUGCAGAGGACAUCCUUUGUUCAUGUUGAUACAGCAGGAAGGGACGACUGCGAGGUUGUACAUUUACCCCUGGAUGCAGUAGCAUACGUAACAGGAUCUAAAGGUAGUAAUUUACGUCGUGUAGAGGAGGAGACAGGUACAUUUAUAUUCUUAGAUGGAGCAAGAGGAGGAGGAGAGGAGAGACUCCUUAUCUUUUGUUAUGAUCCAGAGGCAAGGAGACGAGCAAGAAUUAGGAUAGAGGAUAGAAUUGAUGAAAAAUUAUCAGGAAGGGCUAG